UGUAUAGUUCCCCUGAUUGCACUGAGGCAGAACAGAAUGGUGAGGACAUAAAUUAUCAGAAAACGUGCCAUAUAGCUCUCAUCUCUUCUGAGCAUCUCUUGAAAUAUAAUUACCAAAUAGCAAACAGUAACUCACCAGGAGAAUUUCUUAGAAUUUUGAGAAGCAUGGCCGAGUCGGUGGAUAAAAUGGAUGAGAGGAAUGAGGGCAGUGAAAUGCCCCCCGUUCUAAAAUUUCUCGACUACCUCUCUAAACUGAAGCACCUGGAUCGAACCGGAUGGAUUCGUCAUGGCGUUCGGAAGCCAGAGACUGUUGCAGGUCAUAUGUAUCGAAUGGCGAUAAUGAGUGGCUUUGUAAUUGAUGAUCCAACAAUCGACAUAAACAGGUGCAUAAAAUUGUCCAUCGUACAUGACAUUGGAGAAUCGAUAAUUGGGGAUAUAACUCCUCAUUGUGGCGUCAGCAAUGACACCAAAAACCGCUUGGAGACAGCAGCUAUCGACCAGUUGGCUUCACUUUUGCCAGGUUGUAACAAAGGAAAUGAAAUGAAGGAACUAUUCGAGGAAUAUGAGAAUGCUACAACUCCUGAAGGGAAGCUGGUAAAAGAUUUGGACAAAUUUGACAUGAUCAUGCAGGCCUAUGAAUAUGAGAUUUCCGAAGGUCGUCCGAAAUUUCUCCAAGAGUUUUUUGAUUCUACUCACGAAUAUUUCCAAAAUGAAAGUUGUCAUCCGAAAGUGAAAGCGUUAGUGGGGCAGCUAACUUCUGCCAGAGAUAAAGGAAUUAAAUUCUCUCCAUAGUAUAACUUUUGUUAUUUUGUAUGUUCAUUGAAUAAAAACAACUCACACCAAA